AAUGUACAUUAUUUUUAUAGGCAGGAAAUGAGGGGAGCGGUUCACAGUCAUUUAGAGGAGAGCAUUCGUCCAUAUAUUGAUCUAAUCGACACUCUGCGGUCAGCUGGGAUUCACAAGGACUUAGCAUUACCGACUAUCAUAGUAAUCGGAGACCAGAGUUCUGGGAAAAGCUCUGUGUUGGAAGCGCUGUCUGGAGUUCCAUUACCAAGAGGGAGUGGAAUUGUCACCAGAUGUCCACUAGAGCUGAGGCUGAAGAAGGUGGAAGGAGGAGUCAGCUGGAAGGCUGUUCUGUCUUACAAUGAUAAAAAAUUUGAGUUCGUGGAUUCAUCAUCCCUUGAAACCCGUGUACAUGAAGCCCAGGAUGAGCUGGCAGGAAGAGGGGUAGCAAUAUGUGAUGACCUCAUCACGUUAGAGGUCAUGUCACCAGGUGUGUGUGACCUCACACUGAUCGAUCUACCUGGAAUUGCCAGAGUCCCAGUAAAUGGACAACCACAAGAUAUUGGAAGCCAGAUCAAACAUAUUAUCAUGAAAUAUAUUAAGAAGCAAGAGACUAUAAACAUGGUAGUGUGCCCAUGCAACACUGACAUUGCAACAACAGAAGCGUUAAAAAUGGCUCAAGAAGUAGAUCCUGAUGGCAAAAGAACUAUUGCCAUUUUGACCAAGCCAGACCUUAUAGAUAAAGGAACAGAAAAGAGAAUUCUGAGAAUUGUCAACAAUGAAGUGAUUCCUCUCCACAAAGGUUACAUUAUGGUGAAGUGUAGAGGACAACAGCAGAUCGAUGAUAAAAUUCCUCUGGAGGACUCAGCGGAUAUGGAGCAAGAAUUCUUCUAAAACCAUGAACAUUUCAGUUACCUCUUGCAAGAGGAAAAAGCAACUAUUAAAAAUCUUGCUGUCAAAUUGUCUCAGCAUCUGGUCGAUCAUAUCAAAAAAUCACUGCCACAGCUCAAUGAACAGAUAAAAAAGAAGUUGUGGGAUCUGAGGAAUGAGCUGAAGGAGUGCGAGGCUGGACCGCCACAAGACCCUAGGGGAGCCAAAAAAUUCCUCAUUCAAACCUUAACAGAAUUCAAUAAACAAAUCCAGUACUUAUCAUUAGGGGAGCUGAUUAUUAAAGAAAAUUUGUUUGGCCAGCUUCGGGAGCAAUUCAGAAAGUGGAAUGAUCAGCUUAACAGUUCAAAGACAUCCUGUAAUGAUAAGAUUGCAAAAAAAAUACAAUUUAGUCAGGAAUACAGAGGGAGGGAACUGCUCGGCUUCAGCAACUACAGAAUGUUUGAGGGGGAUCUGCAGGACCAUGUGGCCACACUUAAAGCACCAGCCAUUAAAUUACUCAACAGUAUCAAAGACAUCAUCUUAGAACAAUUCACUGAUGUGGUUAAUCAGUGUUUCCAGAACUACUCUGUACUUCAAAAUAUCACUUUGAAUAAAAUUGAUAACAUUCAGUCAAGCCAACAAGCCAAGGCAGAGCAGAGGAUCUCAGAGCAGUUUGAAAUGGAAAACAUGAUCUACACUCAAGACACCAUCUACUUGAAGUUUUUGAAUGAGAUUACUGACGAGAAAAUUUCAGAAGAUGAAUUACCUGUCUUUGACAUAAAAAGCAAGUACAGUAAAAUGCAGGAGGCAUAUUAUGAGAUUGUGGUGCAGCGGAUGUCUAACCAACUGCCCAUGAUGAUCUCCUUUUUCAUGCUGAAGGAAACUGCUCAGCUUCUGUCUACUGACAUGUUGAGUUUACUGGACGGAACAAAUGUGAGCGAGCUGCUGUUUGAGGACUCUGAUGUCGGUACAAGGCGCAGAGACCUACAGUCUCGCCUGGACCGUCUGACUGCUGCUCAUGAAGCACUUAGUGAUUUUAUUUGAGCAAUCAUCUGACUAGAAGAUAUUACCUGAAAAUGCAUGAUGUAUUUGAUAACUUAAUCUAUAAACUCUCUUCAGCAUAUGAAUGGAAUGCAUUAUUUAAAAUGUAUCUAAUAUAUCUGAUAAUGAUAAUCUAUAGAAUGUAUCUGGCAGUUUACGUUUCAUAUACGUUUCAGCCAUUUUAAUGUAAUGACUUCCAUGUAACCAAGUAAAAAUAAUUUUGGCAGACAUCUUGUUUCCAUGCCAUUCACAUUGUAUGUUGUAAAGGUAUCUCACUAGGCUCUCUCUGUGGAUCGUGGCUUUCUGGUUGCCUGCUUGACCUUCUCUGGCGCUCUAAAGAAAUUAAGAACAGCAUUAGAAAAAGUAAAUGUCAUGAACAGUUUUGGGUGCAUGUGUCUCAAUGUACAAUCCAGCUGCAAUCCUGUAAUUAUCAAUA